AUGAAUUACAGCGAUAACGCGCCGCGACACGAGACCAUUCACGACUCGUGGAUGGAUCUGAUCGGGAUGGCGCAGGAGACGAUCGAGAUCGCGUCGCUCUAUUGGACGAUGAGGAGGGAGGACGUGUUUCCCGAUGACACCGCUAAGGAGAAAAAUCGAUACCUGCCGCAGGGUGAGCAAGUAUUCCAAUCGCUCCUCGAGGCUGGAAGAGAUAGACAAAUUACGCUCAAAAUAGCGCAGAACAUUCCCUCUCGCCUGUCCCCGAACAUCGAUACGCAAAUUUUGGCCAAGAAGGCUAACGCACAGGUGAGAAGUUUGAAUUUCGCUGCCUUGCUGGGCGGCGGUGUGCUUCAUACCAAGCUGUGGCUCAUCGAUCGCACUCACGUAUACGUAGGUUCGGCGAAUAUGGAUUGGCGAUCCCUGUCGCAUGUAAAGGAGCUCGGCCUGGUAGCUCUGAAUUGUUCGUGUCUAGCGAACGACUACGCCAAAAUAUUCGAUGUAUACUGGAAGUUAGGUCAAGACGGUAAAGUGCCUUCCACGUGGCCGGACUCCCUCAGCACAAAGAUAAACAUAGAUAAUCCCAUGAAUUUCACGUACAUGGAUAAUAAGUACAAACUAUUCAUCGCGAGCUCACCGCCGCCGUUCUCGCCGAGAGGCAGGAGCAACGAUCUGGACGCGAUCUUACACUGCAUCGCCAAGGCGGAGAGGUUCAUUUAUAUCUCCGUGAUGGAUUAUUUCCCGCUGACCAUCUAUACUGCACAAGUGAAAUACUGGCCUAUAAUAGACGACGCUCUAAGGGCUGCGGCGAUCGAACGUAAGAUAGACGUGCGCCUCUUGAUCUCCUGGUGGAAACACUCGAGACCGUCCGAAACGUAUUUCCUGAAGUCGCUGCAGGACCUGACGUCCAGCUAUCCGAAGGUCAAAGUCGAGGUGAGGCGGUUCAUCGUGCCCACGAAUCCGCGCUGGGAUAAAAUACCGUUCUCCAGGGUGAACCAUAAUAAAUACAUGGUGACCGACGUGGCGGCUUACAUCGGUACGAGCAAUUGGUCGGGCGAUUACUUUAUCAACACGGCCGGUAUCGGCACCGUGUUCGAAAACGUCGGUCACCAGACUAAGGACGGUAUAAGGCAACAGCUGGAGGAUAUCUUCCACCGCGACUGGUAUUCCGAUUACUCUUUCCCGCUGAAUGCGAGCGAGACGCGCCUCGAGAAUACGUGGAGCUUGUCGAGGAGCACGUAUCAGCACUCGUCGCAUGAGCCUUACAUACACGCGUAA